AUGAAGCUGGUCGAGUCCAAUGAUACCGUAGAUUUCCCUGAUGGUGUGACGUUCACCGUCAAAAACCGCGUCGUCCACGUUACCGGACCUCGCGGAACACUCAAACGUGACUUCCGUCACCUUCACAUGGAGAUGGAACGUGUCGGGAAGAACCAGCUGCGUGUACGCAAGUGGUUCGGAGUUCGCAAAGAGAUCGCCGCCAUUCGAACAGUGUGCUCACACAUCCAAAACAUGAUCAAAGGUGUCACCAAGGGUUUCCGCUACAAGAUGCGGUCCGUAUACGCCCAUUUCCCCAUCAACGUCACUCUUCAAGAUGGUGGAAGAACUGUUGAGAUUCGUAACUUCCUUGGGGAAAAGAUUGUUCGUCGUGUGCCUCUUCCGGAUGGUGUCACUGCCACGUUGUCCACUUCACAAAAGGACGAGCUCAUCAUUGAAGGAAACGAUAUUCAGCUCGUGUCUCAAGCUGCCGCCCGUAUCCAGCAGUCUACGUCUGUUAAAGAAAAGGAUAUCCGUAAGUUCCUUGAUGGAAUCUACGUGUCAGAGAAGACUACUAUUGUUCAAGACUGA